AAUCGUGUGUGCUGCCAGCGUCAGGUCCCGUCCCUCUUCGGAUCCUGCCAUUUAUCCAUCAGAAACAUUUCUGCAGCGCCUCGAGCCAGCCCAAGACAGCAUGUCUGGGAGCAAAUACGUAGAUUCAGAGGGUUUUCUCUACACGGGGCCUAUCCGGGAGCAAGGCAACAUCUACAAGCCCAACAACAAGGUCAUGGCUGACGAACUUAGCGAGAAGGAGUUCCAGGACGUCCACACCAAAGAAAUCGACUUGGUUAACCGGGACCCCAAGCAUCUCAACGACGAGGUAGUGAAGAUUGACUUUGAAGAUGUGAUUGCCGAACCUGCAGGAACCCACAGUUUCGAUGGGAUCUGGAAGGCCAGUUUCACCACCUUCACUGUGACAAAAUACUGGUUUUAUCGCUUAUUGUCUGCAAUCUUUGGCAUUCCCAUGGCUCUUAUCUGGGGAAUUUUUUUUGCCAUUUUGUCAUUCUUCCAUAUCUGGGCUGUGGUGCCGUGUAUCAGAAGCUACCUAAUUGAGAUCCAGUGCAUUGGCCGAGUUUAUACUAUCUUUAUCCAUACCUUCUGUGACCCAUUCUAUGAGGCUGUUGGCAAAAUGCUGAGCUCUAUCAGAGCAACAGUACGAAAGGAAGCAUAAAUGACAUUUCAAGGAGCUGAAGAAUGAGGGGUUUUUUUCCCCUUUCAUAUUUUGGUGCCAGUCUCAAGGCUGCCAUAAAUUAAUAAAAUGACCGGCACUUAACAGCAUCACUCAAAAAACAACAACAAUCAACUUGAAUGCAGCAAAUAAUUUCUUUUUAACUUUCUUUGCUACUUAAUCCCUCCUGGAUUUAUGCUAUUCACUCUUUUCAGGAGGAAAGUCCAUUUGCAUUAAACAAACACAAACAAAUUAAAUAGCUGCUCGUCCAUUUUACCUGCUUGUUGUUUUGCUGACCUGUAUUGUUCUGCUUACCCCUUCCAUUCAUUUGUUGCAAGUUAAACUCACUGAUUAUAAUGCAGAACUGCAAAUAUGCUUUCCAGCACUAUCACACUGCUCUUCAUUUUACUGUGAGUAAAAGCGGUAUAAAAGCUACUGCAGCAUAAUGUACAUGGCAACAAGCUGGCAGAUGUCAACAGAAUGUUCCUUUUAUAGAUGUAUUGUCAGAUGACUGUAGCGUUUUACUGUAGUGACCAUAUCUAAUUGCCACACACAGAUUUAAAGAAAUGACUACUGUAACAUAUGUGCUGAGAGAAAGAAAUCAAGUGUCUUUAAAAAGACAAAGCUUUCAAUUCAAACAACUAGGCAUGUUGACAAAAAGCUGUUAGUGCUGCUUCUGUCUUAUUUUGUAGUCCCAUGACAGAUUAUUUGGAUUAUAAAUAUAUAAUAUAUGUCACUAAGAGAAAUUGUAAGGGGUGACCUUAGGCUUUUCUUUAACCAAAGAAUUUAUGAAAUCCUGAUGACACUUGCGUGAGAAGAAUGGACCCUUUUCCUUGAGGUCUUCUUAACUAGGAAUGACAGGAUCUAAACAAAGAGCUUUUUAGAAAUACUACACAAUUUUAUCUCUGAACAAAGACUUCUAAAAAUUUCAAUAUAUAAAUCAAAAGUCAAGAUAGGAAUAUGGUUGGAUUUAUUUUCUGAAAAUGUUUCCAUCAAAAAAAUCCUUAUGGCAUGCACAUACUGAAAGUUAAUUUAUCCCUAGAUUAAAAUAAAAAGGACACUAUUGUAUUUAAUUUUUUAGCAUCAUUCUUAAAUACAUAUGUUCUAAUUAAUUUAAACAAAACUUACUACAAAAGGACUAAUUGUUCUCUUAAAAGUAGAUAGCAAGGUAGAUACAAAUUGUUUUGAAUCAUGCCAACUAUAAACUGGGUUUGUAAGAGUGAUUUGGCCGUUUUCUAUGAAGGACAGCUUUAAAUCAAAUUCAUUAAAUCUAAGCAAGUCCCCAGUGUGCUAGUCCAGUUUAUACAUUGCCAACUUUUCCCUAAUCAUACAAGUGUUUUGGGCAGCACUAUGUUAUGGUUCACUGUUACCCUCCCCCCUUUUAAACUGAGCUGUACAUAAUUCAAGGAACCUUCCUGGUGCAUAAAACUCUCUGAAAAAUACAGAAAAAAAGCAUUUAUAGCAUUAUUUAAUAUUGUGAUGUAGAAUCUUUACUGUCACCAUGGUGACAAUGAAGUGAGAGAAUAGCUUCAAUGGUUUUGUUUGAAUGUGCUGGUUUUUUUAUAGCUAUUAACCAGGAUGAGCUUUCUUAAAUAUAAACUGAGGAAUUUCAAAAUUUGUUCUGCUUUUGUUAGAAACUAGUUACAAGGAAGGCUUACUUGGAUCUUGAGUAUCUAGAAUAGGUUCCAGGUACAGUCCUAGCAUAAUUAACAAUAAUGCCCUGGCUAGUUUUUUUAAACUGAUUGCUUCAGCCUGUCUAUUUUUACAGUGCCAAGCCUAAGCAUAUUCACUAAGGGAUUGGUAUCCAUCAACUGAAGGAGGCAAGUGCUGAUCCCAUGCUUAUCUGAACUGGAUCUCAAACGGCACUUUUCUUCUCCCCCACAGUUGCCCCUGUAAAAUAAAAAUAAAAAUCCACUCAUAUCUCCUCGACACUUCAUCCUGCUACAUGAUAGGCCCAGUCCUGAAGAGGACCUCUUCAUGGUAAUUGAAACUAACAUUAUACCAGAAUUGCUUGGAUAGUCUGUAUAUGCCUUCCUUUUUGCAAAUCCAGGUUUUACUAAGAGUGACCUUGGUGUCCUUCAUUAAGUUACAUUUCUACUAUUUUAGGUAAUUAGCUAAUUAGAUUUAUCUUUCAUGUGCAUUGAUACAGAAUCAUAGCAGCCCAUUAUUUUGAAUAAAUGAUGAGCAUUUUAUUGACAAUAGGCAAUUGUUGCAGUAGAUAGAGGUGUAGCAUCAUUUUUUCUUUUAUUAGUCUCCUAUGCUAACAGUAUACACACACACACAUACACAAGUGCAAGUAGGUAUCACUUCGGUUGGAAGGUAACAGUGCUCUGUGAUGUCAUGCUGGCUACAUGACCACGGAAAUGUCUUCAGACAAUGCUGGCUCAAUGGCCUUGAAUCGGAGAUGAAUACCACCCCCUAAAAUCAGCAAUGACUAGCAGAGUAAAAUCCACAGGGACUCCUUUACCUAUGCUAAUAGUAUAGAGGCUGAAAAAAUCCAGAAGAGAACAUUACAUACCACAUUAUUUCAAGAAAACUGUGUGGACAUAUGAAACUGAACUUCAGAAUGUCUUUAUUUGUACAAUAUAUGAUAUAUAUUCAACAGUAUUUUGACUAAUAUUUUAUUGCUUGAAAAAUGCAAUGUGCCAAUGAUGGCAUUUAUUUAUUGGCUUCAUAGGGGUCAAAAGUCAGUCCCAUAUUUUGGAUUACCUAUUCAGAAAUCACAUUAAUUUACUAGAAGUAGCUAUUGAUAACAGUAAUUUAGUCAAUGAAACAAAUAGUGAGCACAGCAGAUUCACUUUCCAUUCUCUCAGAAAAAGUGUCUUAUCAUUUCAUUUAGGUUUGAUCUCCCAAUGCUUUAGUCAGUUCUUUCUAGUAUGUAAUCUACACUUAACAAAGUUUAUCUCCCAACUAAACUUUGUGGGGAGUGAAAUAAUCUUUCCUAAACUAUUACACUUAGCAUGUUUUAAACUCUUACUUCCCAUAAAUUCCAGCCCCUAGAAUGCUGGUUAGGAAUUAUGGAAACUGAAGUUCAGGAGUUGAGGACAUCAAGCUAUGGAACACUGGUAUGGAAUAUGGAAAUAAUAGUGUUUAUUCAUAUAUUUUGCUCAAAAAUGGUUAAUAUAAAAUGUAUUCAUUUCAUGAAAGAGAAAAAGGGUGUGGUUGAAUAUGUAGUCCAGACCAUUAAGAUCAGCUUGAAAUCACAUGAAGUAAUGAGAAUGUAAUUAUAUACAGUUUGCUCAAUAAAUGUAAAGUAGCAAAAACUUUGUUGGCCAAGAAAUUAGUACAGGAGCCCUGGUAGUGCAGUGGUUAAAAUAUCAGUAUUGUAAGCAAACUCUGACCACAGCCUAGAGUUCGAUCCUGACAGAGCUCAAGGUUGACUCAGUCUUCCAUCUUUCCAAGGUCAGUAAAAUGAGAACCCAGAUUGUUGGGGGCAAUAUGCUGACAUUAUAAACCGCCCAGAGACUACUGUAAAGCACUAUGGUGCGGCAUAUAAGUCUAAGUGCUAUUGCUACAAGUGCUGUAGAGUAUUACUCAGGAGCAAUUCCGUAUAAAAUUUCAAUCAGCUUUCAGUACUGUAACUCUAAACACUACCAUAGUAGACAUUUUAUAAAAGUGCUUUUUUGUGUUUUGAACACAAGUUUUUGAAAUAUAAAUAACUUUAUAUGUUUUCCUUUUGCAUUUAAAACAUACACUGGUCUGGCCAUAAUUUUUAUAAUGUACAUAAAUGAGAUAUAUUAUUUAGAUAUAUAUCUAUAUAUGUUGUAAUACAACAACAUCAUACUUUUGGUGAGAAUGUAAACAUAGUUUAAUUUUAUAUAAUUAAAAAAACACUUUGAAAUAUAUUGUCUAGAAUGGUAUAUUCAGAAAGUGCAUUCCAAAGCAGAUAACAUUAUUGAUCCAAGAUACUCACAUAUGCUUACAAGAUGUAACUGGCAUUUUUUUAUUCUGCAUGUUCAAUAGCCAUGGUUACAAUCUGCACAAUAAAAGCUGUUUUAAUACAAACA